AUAAAUUAAAAAAAAGUGCAAUCAAACUCCUCCUAUCUCUCUCCUCUGCUAAACUCUCUCUCAAGGAUCCGCCGUCUUCUCUCUAAAAUUUCAUCGAACUACUGCAAUUCCAGGCCGUGUUUCUUUCUGCAGAAAUUCAUGAAAAAAAGCUUAGGGAAAGGAGACUGAAGAGCUCAAGAGAAGACAGAAGAUGGGGAAGUAUAUGCGGAAGUCAAAGAACGCGAGCGAUGUGGCUCUCCUGGACCUCAGCCACACACAAUCCUCUCUCGGUGUCCGUACCCGGGCCAAAACCCUAGCUAUCCAGCGCUUGGAGCGGACGACGGAGGCUGUGGCGGGCGGUUCUUCCACCGUCUGUGCUGAUUGUGGGUCCUACAUGCAGCUCCGAAACCGCCGGCUGCAGAAACCCCCAAUUGGCCCCUACUCGCGCACUCAUAAGCCUUCUCAGCAAAAUUCGUGCCCUAGCUCGAAGCCGGCCCAAAACCAGGACCAGAGUCCGAGAGCUAGCUCCAGGCUAAGGCAGGCCUCGUCUUCGAAUACCAGCUCCGUGAAUAAGGGGGGUGGAUAUUUCGACGGGCUGGAAAAGGAGGAUAUCAAUUUGCCGGAAAGUAACGGCGCAGUCGAAGAAAAUGAUAACAAAGGGGACAAUUUUGGCAUUGAGGCGUCAUUCGGGGAGAAUUUGCACGAAUUCGAAGGUAGAGAGAGGACGACUAGGGAGAGCACACCUUGCAGUUUCAUACGGGAUCCAGAUGCUAUCCAAACACCCCCUGGUUCCAGUACAAGGCGGCGGCCUACCGACACGAGCCAAGUCCAAAGCAGAAUACAAAAUUCACUGCUAAGCCACAUCCCACCAACAAAUGAAGUGGAUGAGUUCUUCUCUGAUGCUGAAAUCCAGCAACAAAGACAAUUCAUUGAAAAGUACAACUAUGAUCCAGUGAAUGAUAAGCCUCUUCCCGGACGUUAUGAAUGGGAAACAGUGAAUCCUUAGACAUGUAUCGCAGGGGGUUCCAUCAGGACUAAUCCUGCAUUUUUCUGGCUUGUCUCAGGCUUAGAAGAUGGAAAACUGCAGGUGGCUUUGUUUAAUUUUAUGUAAGAAUUCUAGUUGGGUAGCUAGGUAGUUUAGAAUGUAGAAGAGUCAUGAUCUGUAACAUAACAGGGCUCAAAACUGACAAAGCAGCAGUUAAUACUAGAAGGAACCUUUGUCUAACAGAUCAUACAGGUAACGAGAGGGGAAAGGGUUAAUGGGUAAUUGUAGACCUAGUUGUAGAGUUAGCUUUUGCAUUUGGGCUCUCUCAGUGCCAAUUAGUACAGAAGUUAACUAAUCCCUGUUUUUUUCCUUUUUCAUGUAAUUCCUCCUUUUUUGUUUCUCUUUAUACUGUCCAUAGUGUGUACUGAUGGAACUUCGAAGAAUUCAGAAUAAAUGAAACCCAUUUACCCUCAUCUCUCUGAG